AGUUCAUUCGGCUGGUUAAAAAUUUUAAGAGAGCCAUGGCAGAAGGAACUUAUUGCAGAGUUUGUGAUGCCUUUCAGAACGAAGGGGGAAUUAACACCUUGCGGUCCUAUAUGAAAAACAGUAUUCCUAGACAAGUUUUAACCGAUACCAAUCAUCACGUUUUACAAUGUUUGGAGUCUCCUUUGGAGUUACGCACUUCGGCCCUCAAAGAAAAUGACAGUAGAGGAGAAAAUCAAAUAUCUAUACGAGAGUCAGGAACGCUUAGUACCGAGUAUGAUGAUAAUACAGCCAGAUCCAAAAUUGCGUCCAACAAUAGUGAACCUUACAUACUCGAAUCAAGUAUCGAAAUGAAAAGGCAAAGAUGUGAAAUUCAUAAUUCGUUGUCAGUCAUCAGUGAUAACGGAGGUAGUAAAUACAAGGAUGGAGAAAAUACAGAUAUUACGUUGGACAAAGAACAUGAAGGAUGUCCUAACACUGAAACAAUUGGAAAAAUCCAGGCAUCUUUUGGGAAACUGCUCAAAGUCGGUUCCCUGGGAGGCGAUAGUUGGAAAAGGAUUGUCCCCCGGAAGGCGAGUUGCCUUGUACACGCGGACUCUCGCUUUACCAGUAAAGGAAAAUCACUUGCUGAAAAUUCUACAAUUAUGUCUCAAGUGCAAUUAUGUGAAGGAAAAAAUGGAAGAACGUCGCGUAGUAACGAUUCUCUCAUCUUAGUUGAUGCAUUUAAAGAUAAUUCUCAUAUUGCAACCUUGGUUGAUUAUGAAGUUAUUGAUAGUAUCCUAAAGAACUAA